UUCGGAGCAGAACGAUCGGGAGCGGGAUCCGGAGCUGCGGGCAGGGAUUGUGCCACUGCCGCUAUGUCCCAUUCGGUGGUCCUGCGUGGUCCUUCGCCGUGGGGUUUUCGCUUGGUGGGGGGGAAAGACUUCAGCGCCCCGUUGACCAUCUCCAGGAUUAACCCUGGCAGCAAAGCAGCCAUGGCAAACCUGUGCCCAGGAGAUGUCAUUCUGGCCAUUAAUGGAGAGAGCACAGAGAACAUGACACACCUGGAAGCACAAAACAAGAUCAAAGCAUGCAUGGACCAGCUGCUGCUCUCUGUGAACAGAGCUGAAGGGAAGACCUGGUCACCUCCUGUCCUGGAAGAUGGCAAGGCUCAAGCGUAUCGGAUCAACAUCGAGCCAGAUCCACAGGACAAUGGGUUUGCCCAAAGCAGGAGGUCGUCGCCCCACGGGGCUGGUGGCAGCCCCAUAGACACCAAGCAGAUGCUGAACGUGCAGCAGCAGCAGCACCCAACCCGGCUCUACACCAGCUCCGAGGCUGCUCUGCCAGGGCAGCUGAGUGGGCUCCACAUUGCUCCUGCCCACAGCCUUGACCCCUUGAAGUGUGUCCCACGGAACAGGAACGGGAUUGAUGUGGAGUCAGAUGUCUACAAGAUGCUCCAGGAUUACGAGAGGCCUGUCUCAGAGCCCAAGCAGUCCGGCUCCUUCCGAUACUUGCAGGGCAUGUUGGAGGCUGGUGAGAAUGGUGACAAACUCGACAGGCUGAGCAACCCCCGAAACAUCAAGCCCCCGGUGUCAAAGCUCGGUGGCGCCGUGGCUGGGCUGCAGAUGCUCCCGGAGUGCACCCGCUGCGGCAACGGCAUCGUGGGCACCAUCGUCAAAGCCCGGGACAAGCUGUACCACCCGGAGUGCUUCAUGUGCGACGACUGCGGGCUCAACCUGAAGCAGCGAGGCUACUUCUUCAUCGAGGAGCAGCUCUACUGCGAGACCCACGCCAAGGAGAGGGUUAAGCCCCCCGAGGGCUAUGACGUGGUGGCUGUUUAUCCGAACGCCAAAGUCGAACUCGUCUAAAGCCAGGCUGAGCUCUGGAGAGCUCGGGUGGCCGCCUGCCCGCCCGCCCACCCACGUCCUCCCCGCCGCCGCCGAGCUGGAACCCACUCCCCUUACCAAAGCCCAAGUUCCAAUCGCCUUCUCCUAGAUAAAAACGUUUACACUGGGGAGCUGCAGGGGAUGGCGUUGAAAGCAUCCCCACAGGGUUGGUUUUUUUUGGGUUGUUUUGGGCUUUUUUGGUGGUGU